GAGAGCUAACAGAAGAAACACAGUCAUGGCUCCUACAAUCACUGCAUCAGUGAUCAACUCCAACCACCUUCUUCCACUUACUAAUAAGCUGAGAGAGCCAAUAGUGGAGAAGAUGCAUAGAGAACUCAUCAACAGCAGCAUUUAGAAGCUCAAGUUUCUGCUGGGUGGAGAACUCCAGGAGAAAGCCGACAUCCUGGAGAUGACAGUUUAUUUCCUGAGACAGCAGCAGCAGUCACACAAGAAGUCGAGCUGCUCCACUGAAGCUGAUGAAGGCUACAGCAGGUGUGUGCAGGAGGCCAUCAACUUCCUGUCUCAGUGUCAAGUACACACUCAGUCCCAGAGAAGAGUGCUGAGCCACUUCUUGACCAUGCAGCCUUCCAUGGAGAAGAGCAGAAGUGUCGUUCCUCAGCUCAGCUCUCCAUCCUGCCAGAUCUGCAGCAAAGAGGAGACUCCAGGCUGCAGUGACGUCUGGAGACCCUGGUAGAGCCGCACGAACACUUUACCAUCAGGAAACCAACUUACAAAUGCCACAUUGACAUUAAUGACAAUUUCCUAAGUGUUUCAGAACAUUUUUGUCCAAGUUUUCAUGGACAGAUUAUGAGAAGUUGCUUUCAUAUUGGAAUCAUGUGUAACCCUUCUUAUAUACCUGAAGUCCUGCUGCUUAUUUCAAAGAUGUUUUAAACUUUUAUGUUUUUGCAGUUUUUCAUGUGCAAAAUAAGACAGGUUGCUUUCAUUUUGGGGACGCAUAUGAAAUUAUUUCUAAUACUGAGUUGCUGAGUUGCUAGAAGCUAUCCUCUGUUCUUGGUGUGCAAGAAGAAUUAUUACACUCAUUGAGACUUGAGUGCAUUAACAAAACCCAUAUUGGGUAUAAACUCUCUGCAUUUGCAGAAUGUUGGAAUUUUCAUUUUAUAUGACCUCUCUUACUGUGUAAGAAAAUAUUUUCUAUUUGAAAUACAAGUUAAAGGUUUUUGUUCCAAUGUUUAUUCUUCAUCACUAGUCUAGAUUCUUGUGAGAAAAAAUAUUUGUGACAUUUCCUAAUCUACUAAAUCCAACUCCAGUGGAAUAAGAUACUGUACUGCUGUAGUAGAUAAACAUUUUUUAAAAACCUAAUGCUCUCUGUUGUUUUGAAGGGAGAAAAAAAGAGUUAUUUGGGCUUUUAUUAGAAGCUACAUUUGCUUUGUGCACUCUUUAAUGAGUUAAUUGUACUUUUCAAAAUCUUCAGACUGGAAAUGACUUUGCCUUCAGUGAUGGUCAUGAAUGUUAUGUUACUUCAUUGUGAGUACACAAACAGAUACUGAAAAUA